GAUGAAUUGGAUUCAAUGAUUGCAAGGAUGUUCUAUACUGGUGGGUUGUCAUUUAAUUUGGCAAGAAAUCCUUAUUUCUCCAAGAUGAUCACAUAUGCCGCAAGUAAUUCAAUUACCGGUUACAAGCCUCCGGGUUAUAAUUCUUUGAGAACCACUCUUUUGCAACGUGAGAAGGCUCACGUAGAGAGGUUGUUGGAGCCCAUCAGGGGCACAUGGAAGCAUAAGGGGGUAUCUAUUUGUAGUGAUGGCUGGGCAGAUGCACAGAGGAGGCCACUGAUAAAUUUCAUUGCGGUCUCAGAUAAUGAGCCAAUGUUCUUGCACUGCGUGAAUGCUGAGGGAGAGCAGAAGAAUAAAUAUUUCAUUGCAGAGAAGCUUGAAGCUUGCAUUAGAGAGGUGGGGCUUCAAAAUGUGAUCCAAAUCAUUACUAAUAAUGCUUCGGCAUGUAAGGCAGCAGGGGCAGUUGUGGAGGGAAAAUUUCCACACAUUUUCUGGACUCCAUGUGUUGUUCACACCCUCAAUCUUGCCCUUAAGAAUAUUUGUGCUGUAAAGAAUACAGAGGCUAAUGCAAUUGCUUAUGCAGAGUGCAGCUGGAUUACAGAGGUAUAUGAUGAUGCUUUGAUGAUUAAGAACUUCAUCAUGAAUCACUCAAUGAGGCUGGCUAUGUUCAAUGAGCAUUCGAAGAUGAAGCUUCUUUCAAUUGCUGAUACUCGAUUUGCUUCAUGGAUCAUCAUGCUGAAGAGGUUCACGGUGAUCAAGAGAAGCCUCCAAGAUAUGGUUCUUAGCGACCGUUGGAGCUCGUACAGAGAUGAUGAUGUGGGAAAAGCACAGUUUGUUAAGAAGAAAGUGCUUGAUGAUUUGUGGUGGGAUAGGAUGGAUUAUAUUAUUGCUUUCACUGCUCCUAUAUAUGAUAUGAUUCGGCUCACCGAUACCGACAAGCCCAGCCUUCAUUUGGUAUAUGAUAUGUGGGAUACAAUGAUUGAGAAGGUGAAGGUUGUUAUUUAUAGACAUGAGAGCAAAAGAGAAAAUGAUCCCUCCUCAUUUUAUGAUGUCGUACACAAGAUCUUGGAGGAUAGAUGGAAUAAGAGCAACACGCCACUUCAGUGCUUGGCGCACUCUUUGAAUCCAAGGUAAUAAUUUAGAUUAUGUUAUC